AUGCCCAUGUAUGACUCAAUAAUAGGAGAGAAGACAGCAAUAAUAUUUGACCUUGGUAGAACUUACAUAAAGUGCGGUUUCGCUGGAGAACCCAGCCCAAGGUUCAUUCUUUCCUCCCCUUUUGCGAAUAUCGAUUUGGUUAAGACCAAUCUAUUUGAGACUCUUAAAGAACUGUUUCAUCGCAUGUGUUACAAGUACGACUUUUCCACAAAUUUAAUUGUAAACGCAAAAGAGCGCCGCGUAGUAAUAGUGGAAUCGUUAAUGACACCAACGCAUUUCAAACAAUCUAUCGCAGAGGUUCUGUUUAUGCAUUUUGAGGUGCCGUCUAUUCUGUUCGCUCCUUCCCACCUUGCUGCGCUUUUCACUCUCGGCAUCUCAACUGCUCUUGUUAUCGAUUGCGGUUAUUCCGAUGCUGUGGUUCUCCCGGUCUAUGAAGGCUAUACAAUGCUGAACACGUGGCAAUCAGCUCAACUCGGCAGCAAGUACAUCCACGCGGAACUGGAGCGUCAACUGCGAGACUUCGCUUUCUUCACUGAGGAAGGCAGUGAUGUGCAGCAGCGCAUUCCCCCGGACACCCAACUCCCCGAAGACCUCAUCGAAGACAUCAAAGUGCGCGCCUGUUUCGUCAGCCCCAUGGAGAGGUCUGCUCUUUGGAACAAUUGGCUCCUUCUUACGCAUGAUGGCAAGGACCUUGAGGCCGUCGACCACAUCCCCACGCCGCACUUCGCCACCGAGACCUUCUCCUGCUCCCUGGGCGGCUCCGACGGACGCCUCAUGCACAUUCCUUCUCGUCUCCGCGAGACUGCCGUCGAAGGCCUUUUCCACGGACAGGACGCUGACAAUGUCACCAUCCAGUCUCUCGUUCUUGAAUGCCUCCUCAUGUGUCCUAUUGACUGUAGGAGGGAGUUGUUGGCGAACAUCGUGUGUAUUGGAGGCACGACGAUGUUGCCGGGCUUCAAGGAACGCCUCAAUGAGGAGCUCAAGGCGGCUCUUGAGUUGCCGCGCUACGCUUGCCUGGCCGCACUCAAAGACGCCAUCCUGUUCCACGAUCCACCUGCGAAGGCAAACUACACGGCUUGGCUUGGAGGUGCCAUAUUCGGAGCCCUGGAAAGCCUUCCUCUGAGGUCAUUGUCCCGCGCCACGUACCUUGAAAACAAGGUUCUGCCAGACUGGAACGUGGUGUAUGAUUUCGAGGCGGUGGAAUCGGAUGUGGAGAAGAAAUACUCGCGUUGA